CGAUCACAAGUACAAUACAAAUGUGUUUGAAACAUAUCUGACGUGUCAAAUUCUUAUUGGCUCAAUGAGCUGCACAGUCCAAUCACACACCGUCACAUGACUAAUACCAAACGACACCGUUUCUAGUUUACCAAAAAAAUUACAAAACCAAACACACACAAAAAAAAACACUUCGUUGAAAUUAAAAAACCCUUCUUGUUCUUCUUCACCAUUGUUCUGUCUAAAAUAUUUCUUUCAUAAUUCUUAUUAUUCUUCUCUUAAUCUCAGAAAACUGAAUCCAAGAAACAAAGAUGGGGUUGUUGUCAUUGAGACAUAGUUAUGUUAUGAUGUUUGUUAUAAUUGGGUUGUUGUUGAAAGAAACAGAAGGGAUCAGAUUUGUGAUAGAUAGAGAUGAGUGUUUUUCACAUGAUGUUAAGUACGAGGGUGACACUGUUCAUGUUUCUUUCGUUGUUAUUAAGGCUGAUUCUCCUUGGCAUUAUGGUAAUGAAGGUGUUGAUCUUGUGGUAAAGGGGCCUGCUGGUGAACAAAUUCAAGAUUAUCGUGACAAGACCGGUGAAAAGUUUGAAUUUGUGGCUCACAAAUCAGGGGUUCAUAAGUUCUGUUUCACCAACAAGUCUCCUUAUCACGAGACUAUCGAUUUUGAUGUGCACGUUGGUCACUUCUCUUACUUCGAGCAACAUGCAAAAGACGAGCAUUUCAACCCUUUGUUGGAGCAAAUAGCGAAGUUGGAGGAAGCUCUUUAUAAUAUUCAGUUUGAACAACAUUGGUUAGAAGCACAGACUGACCGUCAAGCAAUAGUGAAUGAUGGGAUGAGCCGAAGAGCAAUACACAAGGCAAUCUUUGAAUCAGCAGCACUGAUCGGAGCUAGUGCACUACAAGUUUAUCUUCUGCGGCGCUUGUUUGAGCGAAAGUUGGGAACCUCUAGAGUUUAGAGUUAGGACGUGUUCCGAGAACUGUGACAUUACGGAUGCCAAUGUUAUUUUAAACUCCUUUUUUAUUGGUUAUCACAUGGAUAUUUAUAUUGGUUGUGCACUUUACUCAAUAUACUUGUGGAAAGAUGUUGUUUAUUGUUAAUUACAGUUGAUUUCCGAGAAAAAGAAAUACAAAAUGAGUGCCCAUGUAGGCCUAAGAUUACUUCUGCUCA